AGACUCAACCGUGACUCUGCCCUUCCUUCCAGAUACGCCUUCUCCAGACCUGUCAUUCUGCAAGGGCUCACAGACAACUCAAGGUUCCGGGCUCUGUGCUCCCGCAAAAGGCUUCUGGCAUCUUUUGGGGACAAUGUGGUUCGGCUGAGCACUGCUAACACCUACUCCUACCAGAAAGUGGACCUACUCUUCCAGGAGUAUGUGGAGCAGCUGCUGCACCCCCAGAACCCCACCUCCCUGGGCAAUGACACCCUGUACUUUUUUGGGGACAACAACUUCACUGAAUGGGCAUCACUUUUUCGGCAUUACAUUCCACCUCCAUUUGGUCUACUGGGUACCACUCCUGCUUACAGCUUUGGGAUUGCAGGAACUGGCUCUGGGGUGCCCUUCCACUGGCACGGGCCCGGGUUCUCAGAAGUGAUCUACGGACGAAAGCGCUGGUUCCUGUAUCCCCCUGAGAAGACACCCGAGUUCCACCCCAAUAAGACCACUCUGGCCUGGCUCCAGGACACCUACCCAGCCCUGACACCAUCUACACGACCCUUGGAGUGUACAAUCCAGGCUGGUGAGGUUCUUUAUUUCCCUGACCGAUGGUGGCAUGCCACACUCAACCUCGACACCAGCGUUUUCAUCUCUACCUUCCUCAGCUAGCCAGAACAGGCAGCUG